AUGAGUAUCAUGUAUAUAUUCGCGAGGUACCGCUUCAAUUGGGAUGAAGUAAAGUAUAGCAUCUACUCUACAUACAGUCUUGUCACACAUUCUAUUGGUACAAUGUUCACAAUAAGCGUGUUCAGUAAGAAGCUGAGAGCGGAUGACUCUGUGCUGGGAAUGAUUUCAACAACCAGUAAGGUCGCCGGAGCAUUGGUUAUGGCCUUCGCGAGAAAUGACUAUGAAGUUUAUGUGGCACCUCUCGUCGAGAUAUUAAAUGGCACAACCAUGAUAGCAUUGAGAUCCAUCGCCUCGAAGUUGGUUUCUCAUCAGGAAUUAGGCAAAGUAUUUUCGUUAUUCGGCGUGGCAGAGACCAUGAUGCCACUGAUCUUUUCACCACUGUACGCUAAAAUCUAUAUUCUGACUCUACACGUUCUGCCUGGAGCCGUUUUCCUCGUCAGCGUAUUGGCUACGUUACCAGCUUUGGGUAUAUUUAUAUGGUUUUACUAUGAGCACAAAGAGGACGCGAAACAGAAGAGGUUAGAAGUUCCUAACGUACCAUCAGGUCCACCGGAGAAUGUGGAAUCUCCCCAACCUACUUCCGCCUAA